AUGGGAUGCAGCCCUGAGGUGGUGGCCAUGGAUUGUGAGAUGGUGGGGCUGGAACCCGUGGGGGAGAGCGGCCUGGCCCGCUGCAGCCUAGUGAACCUGCAGGGCACCGUGCUGUAUGACAAGUUCAUCCGGCCUGAGGGGGAGAUCACCGACUACAGGACCCGAUUCAGUGGGAUCACACCUCAGCACAUGGCUAUGGCCACCCCAUUUGCCCAGGCCAAGCAGGAGAUCCUGCAGAUCCUCAGAGGAAAGCUGGUGGUCGGCCAUGCCCUGAAGAACGAUUUCCAAGCCCUGCAGGAAGACAUGAACAACUAUGCUGUCUACGACACAGCCAUCAACUGGCUGUUGUGGCACGAGGCUAGGCUGGGCGCCUGCAGACGUGUCUCACUGCGGGUGCUGAGUGAGCGGCUGCUACACAGGCGCAUCCAGGACAGCGACCUGGGCCACUGCUCCGUGGAGGAUGCCUGGGCCACCAUGGAGCUCUACCUCGUGGCCCAGCAGAUCCGGGCCAGCCAGGGGCUGCCGUGCCUGCCCACAUCUAACUAAGGCUGCUUUCAGCUGCUGCCCCAGCCGUGGUGCCCUGUGAACCACAGCUCCUGGCCUUCCCUGAAAUUCAUCUUCAGCAGUAAAAUGACC